AAUUAAGCAUGCAUGACUUUUGUCAUUUGAAGUGAACUAAUUUUGCUUAUAUAGCUAGAAGCCUCAUUACACUCUUAACAUUGAUAUUCCUCAUCAGUUUAUUUCUGAAUAUUGUUUAAAUAUAGUAUAUUUGAUUUCCAGGCGUGCUUCGAUAGUGUCUGCACAAUCAUGAUAAACCUAACCUCGAAAUGUUGUGAUAACGUGAAUUUUAAUUAUGUUUUGAUGAAAUAAUAAAACGCUUUGUGGCUCGCUGUUUUUUCAUUGUCUGCAUAAGCUCUGUUAAAUUGACAAAAUGUACAAGCACGGACAUCUACUGUUACUAACCUUGUCGAAAAAGGUUCGCAGUGGUGUUAUGUUGAGUACUACCGGAGCCGGAUUUCUCAACAAUAAUUUUGUGAUGCCUGCCCUUUCAGUCUCGAAAAUUUCAUUAUCUGCUUUAACUUGUCGCAUUGCAAAGCGUAAUUAUAGCGCCGAGUUGGAAGAUUCAGACUCAGAUUGUGAAUCCUAUUCGGGAAAUUAUUUAAACAAGCCUAAUCCUAGUGUUGAGGUCCAGAAAAAAAUACAACAAGAAGCUCAAGAAAGGUUGGAUGAUUUGUUAAAAAAUGAUCCAGAUUUAAAUAAGUUUUACAAAAUUCUAGAGCUGGAAAUUGAAGUAUUACGCCAAAGUGGUACAAAAGUUCCAAGUACGAUAAAGGCCACAGAAUGGUUGCACCUCAUCAAAACAAAGACUCAAAGUUCAAGGAGGAGAUUUCUGGAAUUUAUUUGGAUAAAUGAAAUGAAAAGAAAGAGCGGGAAGAUGAAAAGACAAGCAGCUGUGUUGUUAAAGAAAUCCUUGGAAGAAAAAGAUGCAGAGGAGAAUGAAUUGGAUUACGGUUUGAGAAAUAAUACGAUGUUCAUUCGUAUUUAUAAGAGCGUAAUGAGUCAAGUCUUGAACCAAAAAUUAAUUACCGCUAUGAUGUUUGGAGAGAAAUUAGUAAUUGACUGCGGUUUUGAGUCACACAUGACUUAUAGAGAAAUAUCUAGUUGCGCGAAACAGCUGAUGUUUUCGUUUGUAGCAAAUCGGGCAGCUAAGUUCCCCUUUGACAUGCAUUUAUGCAACUUGGAUCCAAAAGGUGAACUGAAACGAAGACUUUUAAGCUUUUUUCCAACUAUGGACGAUCCUGCUUAUCCACUAAAUACUACUUCAAAAUCUUAUCUCGAAAUUUUUCCUAAGGAGAAUUUGGUGUACUUAACUCCUCAUACAAGUCAUGUUAUGCAGAAGUAUAAUCCAGAUGAUAUAUACAUCAUUGGGGGGAUCGUUGACAAGCGGGAUUCGAAACCAUUAUCAAUGGCCAAAGCGAAAGAAGAAGGACUUCGAGUAGCUAAGUUUCCUCUGGAUAACUAUUUAGACUGGAAAGCUGGUUCUGGAAAAAAUCUGAAUUUAAAUCACUGUGUGGAGAUUCUGGUAGAUUUUAAAUCCACUAACGAUUGGGAGCACGCUUUGAGGGUAGUACCAUCUCGAAAAAUUAUCAGACCAUACACCGAGCAUGACCACACACCGAGAAUUGAAAGAACUUUUCAGAAUUUUGAGCCCAAGUUCCAAAGUGGUCAAGCUUCGCAUAUACCAGACUUAACUUACUAUAGCAAAGUGAGUCAAAAGAAGCGAAACAGCUAGAGAGCAAAGAGAAUAUUUUAUACAGAUAUAAAUAGAAUUUUUUAUUGAACAUGUCUUUUCAGUCGUGUAUACAAAAGAUUUGUGUCGUAAUACCGAGAACUGUGUAAAUAUAGUAUACAAUAUGAACAGUUCUUUUUUUUUAAAGAAAGUUUUUUUAUUAUCUGAUAGAAAUAAAUAUCAUUUUCU